CCCCGAUCCGAGAGAGUCUCUACCCCCGCGCGCUUCGUGAACUCCGCCGCCAUUUUCUUAUAUGCUCCGGUGCCCAUUUCUUCAUCCAAUUUGCCCUAAAUUCCCCUCUCCAACCUCUCAAUCCUCCAAUUUCCUCAACAAUUUCAAGAUGUCUUUGCUCUCCCUCGUUCCGGUGCCGGCGAUUUCUCUCCCGAAGGGAUCGAGGAAUGGAGGCGGGAGCUCUUCGAUGAGGAGUCAGUGGAGAUCUAGGGUUUCGAUGAGCGUUUCGGUGGGAUCUCGAGAGGCUGUGGCUGGCGACGAGCUGUUCAAGGAUUACAAGGCGAGCUGUGCCUUUUUCUUCCCGGGUCAGGGUGCCCAAACUGUAGGAAUGGGGAAGGAAGCCCAGAGUGUGCCAGCUGCUGCUGAGUUAUUUGAAAAAGCCAACGAUAUACUUGGAUUCAAUCUUCUGGAUGUCUGCCGCAACGGUCCAAAAGAAAAACUUGAUUCCACAGUUAUAAGCCAGCCAGCAAUAUAUGUCACAAGCUUAGCUGCUGUUGAGGUACUACGUGCACGUGAUGGUGGUCAAGAUAUUAUCAACUCUGUAGAUGUCACCUGUGGUCUAAGCUUGGGAGAGUACACAGCUCUUGCUUUUUCUGGAGCCUUCAGCUUCGAGGAUGGGCUCAAACUUGUCAAGCUUAGAGGAGAAGCCAUGCAGGAUGCUGCUGAUGCUGCUACUAGUGCUAUGGUUAGUGUCAUAGGGCUGGAUUCAGAAAAGGUGCAGUUGUUAUGUGAUGCAGCCAAUGAGGAAGUUGAUGAAAAAGAAAAAGUUCAAAUUGCAAAUUUUCUAUGUCCAGGUAAUUACGCUGUGUCUGGAGGUGUCAAAGGAGUUGAAGCAGUUGAAGCUAAGGCAAAGUCAUUUAAGGCUCGAAUGACAGUACGCCUAGCUGUUGCUGGUGCUUUCCACACGAGGUUCAUGGAACCGGCUGUCUCAAGAUUGGAAGCUGCAUUGGCAGCAACAGAAAUAAGAAAGCCCAGAAUACCAGUCAUAUCCAAUGUGGAUGCGCAGCCGCAUUCUGAUCCUGAGAUGAUCAAAAAGAUUUUGGCUCGUCAGGUGACUUCUCCAGUCCAGUGGGAGUUAACAGUGAAGACUCUCAUGAACAAAGAGGUUACAAAAAGCUAUGAGCUGGGACCUGGCAAGGUUAUAGCAGGAAUUGUGAAGAGGAUCAAUAAGAGUGCUGUUAUUGAGAACAUCAGUGCUUGAUCAUGCCUUUAUGGAUGCAUUUUUCGACGCUGCAACUUCGUUGCCUCCUGAGGCUGAUGAUGCUUAAACUAUAGAAAGUAGCUUGAGAGCUGAGCUCGUAGCCGUAUGAGCUCUGGAUGGAGGUCCAGCAGUGCAGAUUGUUGAUGACAAGAAUUUAUAGUGAAGGCAAGCCGUGUAAUAAGACAUGUUUUUACGAGUGCAUCAUUUUUCAAAAUUUUUAAAAUGUAUGAUGAUCACGCGCAAGUUUAUUUAUUUGUCAUAUUUUUGAAACCAGGAAACUACCUCUAGUUUAUGAAUA